UGCAUACACGUUCUUGCGUUUAUUGGAAGUCGGCACAUAUCACAUUAGCGCCGAAAUAAUCAAUUAUGGUGAAAUCAAUAGCAUUUUGUGUGAUGGUUGCAGUGCUUGCACAUUCUGCACACGGCGCACGAACAAAGAGACAAUCAGACGAAACAUCGACGAAAAAAGAUGAGUCGUUCGAACAAGAAUUAUGUAAAGGCAAAGAUGCCGGUGAAUGGUUUCGUUUGGUUUCUGGCGAAGGUGACAACUGUCGCGAUGUAAUUCAAUGUACCUCAUCAGGUCUUCAAGCAAUUCGUUGUCCGGCUGGUCUUUAUUUCGACAUUGAAAAACAAACAUGUGACUGGAAAGAUUCAGUGAAAAAUUGCAAACUCAAGAAUAAAGAACGUAAAGUAAAACCAUUGUUGUAUACUGACGAACCAUUGUGUCAAGAUGGUUUUCUAGCCUGUGGUGAUGGCAACUGUAUCGAACGUGGACUUUUCUGUAACGGUGAAAAGGAUUGUGCUGAUGGUUCCGAUGAAAAUAGCUGCGACAUCGACAAUGAUCCAAACCGCGCUCCACCAUGUGAUCCAGCCGUUUGUGUGUUGCCCGAUUGUUUCUGUUCAGAAGAUGGCACAACAAUUCCAGGCAAUUUACCAGCAAAAGACGUUCCAAUGAUGAUUACAAUUACAUUCGAUGACGCUAUUAACAACAAUAACAUCGAACUUUAUAAAGAAAUCUUCAAUGGAAAGCGCAAAAAUCCAAAUGGCUGUGACAUUAAGGCAACAUAUUUUGUAUCGCACAAAUAUACAAACUAUUCAGCCGUGCAAGAGACUCACCGCAAAGGUCAUGAAAUUGCAGUUCAUUCAAUUACCCACAAUGAUGAUGAACGUUUCUGGUCAAAUGCCACCGUUGAUGAUUGGGCCAAGGAAAUGGCUGGAAUGAGAAUUAUUAUUGAAAAGUAUGCAAACAUCACCGAUAAUUCGGUUGUCGGUGUCCGGGCUCCAUACCUUCGUGUCGGCGGAAAUAAUCAAUUUACCAUGAUGGAAGAACAAGCUUUCUUAUAUGAUUCAACCAUAACAGCUCCAUUGUCGAAUCCACCACUUUGGCCAUACACAAUGUACUUCAAAAUGCCACAUCGCUGUCAUGGUAAUUUACAAAGUUGUCCAACACGUUCGCAUGCUGUCUGGGAAAUGGUAAUGAACGAACUUGACCGUCGUGAAGAUCCAACCAAUGACGAAUACCUACCAGGCUGUGCUAUGGUUGAUUCCUGCUCAAACAUCUUGUCCGGUGAACAAUUCUACAACUUUUUGAACCACAACUUUGACAGACAUUAUGAACAAAACAGAGCACCUCUAGGUCUUUACUUCCACGCUGCUUGGUUGAAGAACAAUCCAGAUUAUUUGGAUGCAUUCUUAUACUGGAUCGAUGAAGUGUUGCAAAAUCAUAAUGAUGUCUACUUUGUGACAAUGACACAAGUCAUUCAAUGGGUUCAAAAUCCACGAACAGUCACCGAAGUUAAGAAUUUCGAACCAUGGAGAGAAAAGUGUUCGGCAAAUGAGGGUACACCAGCCUGUUGGGUGCCACACUCAUGCAAACUUACAUCGAAAGACGUACCAGGCGAAACAAUUAACUUGCAAACAUGCGUCAGAUGUCCAAACAAUUACCCAUGGCUCAACGAUCCAACGGGUGACGGUUUCUUCUAAGUCAUUUGAGUCAAAAAGAAAUCUAACCUUCAGCUUAAACAAAACUGUAAACCAUAAUCCGAACCUUCGGACAAUUUUUUUUUAAAUAUUAAAGUAGAACGCGAUCAUUGCGAUUUUAGAAGUCAGUUUGUUUUCUUUUCUUCUUUCGUCUUGAUAUCUGCAUCAAAACCACUUUUAUCCUAUCCGUAUUCAUUUAGUUUUGUUUUGUUUUUUUGUCAAAACAAUUUCUUUUGUAGUAAAUGAUCAAUAAGUAUGAAUGGGAAUGAAAACGCUGUCAUGAUAAAACUUCUAUAAACGGUACGAGAUGAAGUUUUGCGCGCUGUGUUAUAAGUAAAUGUUAUGUUAUUUGUAAAAGAAAACAAACCGUUCGAUUCAAUUUCGAUUUUUAUUCAUUCUCGAUUGCACGGAUGAGGAUCGAAUUCAAACGGGAACAAAAGCAAAUAUUAACGUAAAACUAAAACAAAAAUAAUCAAUGCUACAAUGUUUACAGUUGGUCGAUUAACGAUUGCCCAUUACCAUAAGCACGAACGUUGUUUGGAAGUUACAGAGACUUAGAAUGCGCUGUGUGUUUUUGUGUUCAUUUUGAAACUUUCAAACGUGAGAACUCGAUUAAAUCUAAAUAUUGUAAAAUAGAUAAGACAAAAUGAAAUGAAAUGAAUAAAAUAAAAUAAAUAAAUGGAAACAA